UCGGGCCGAAAAAUGGGGCGACUCAGUUUCAAGUGGUUUUGUCUCGGAAGUAGGAGUUGAGUAGAGAACGAGUUUGGGAAGUGUUUGGUUACUUCUCAGAUUCUGUUCGUUGGAGAGAAAGAGAGAGAGAGAGAGAGAGAGAAGUUGCGAUGACGGUGGCUGCAGGAAUCGGUUACGCUCUGAUAGCGUUAGGACCCUCUCUCUCCCUCUUCGUUUCAGUAAUUUCGAAAAAGCCAUUCUUGAUUCUCACUGUUCUCUCGAGUACACUGUUGUGGCUUAUAAGUUUGAUUGUGCUGUCUGGAAUAUGGAGGGGGUUUUUGCCUCUGAAUUCAACAGCAUGGUGGCCUUUCGGAAUGCUCAUAUUCUCAUCCGUUGCUUUUCAAGAAGGGCUCAGGCUUUUCUUCUGGAAAUUAUAUACGAAGUUGGAAGAUAUGUUAGAUGCUUUUGCUGAUAGAGUAUCAAAACCUCAUCUUCAACUGACAGAUAAAAUGCUGAUUGCUCUGGCUGGUGGGUUGGGUCAUGGUGUUGCUCAUGCUGUGUUCUUCUGCAUCAGCCUAUUAACUCCUGCAUUUGGUCCAGCUACUUAUUUCAUUGACAGGUGUUCUCAGGUUCCAUUUUUCCUUCUUUCUGCAAUUAUUGCUCUUGCAUUUGUCACAAUCCACACUUUCUCAAUGGUCAUCGCAUUUAAUGGGUACACUGAAGGCAACAAAGUGGAUCAAUAUUUUGUUCCCAUUGUUCACGUUGUUGCAGGGAUGGUGACUCUCGUAAAUUUGGCGCCAGGGGGUUGCACUGUUGGCAUUCCUCUCCUCUAUUUUUUUGCAAUCCUGACCUUGAUUCAUUGUGGGAGGAUGGUUUGGAGAAGAUUGAGAGAAAGCGCAAUCAGGCCAGGUCUCUCAUAGUGGAUGAUCAUCUUUGUAAAAUAUCUGGUCUGUUGUUGCUUCAGUCCUCACCCUUCCGGUUGGAAUACCCAAGACACCGGUAGUUAUAUUGCACCAAAAGUGUUUCCUCGACGUUAUGCUCCCACUUUCUUAUAAUGGGUCACUUUACUGAAGUCGUGGUCGCCGAAGCGGGUUUGCUGAAGUCUUAGUCGUUUAGUAUUCAGGAAAAAAAGAAACUAGUAGAUUAAAAGAUCAUUGUUUAAAUUGGGCAUAUUACCCCACAAAACGUUGAAUUUUCAUUUUAUGUCGAAUAUUAGUCUUUGAAUUUUAAAACUAAGUCUCUUUUAUUUGGGUGUAAGUGUAUAUAUACGUUUUCAACUUGAGACGACACUAAUCUUUUAAGUUACACACAACGUACCUG